AUGGCGUCUCUGGCUCUGUCGUAUCCUACUGCCGCCAAAACGUCGUCGUAUCUGGCCUCUUCGUCCUCGACUUUCUUCUCCUCAUGCUCUUCUCUCUCCUUCAGGACCUCUCAGUUUCGCUCCCGAAACUCUGUCUUCGCUUCUGUUAAAUGUGAUCUGCCCGAGUCAUUGAAUGUGGGAAAUGGGAACCCCAGUAUCCCAAUUAUUAAUGAGAGGACACUUCCAAAGUUCUUGGAAUCUGCUCGGAUGGAGAAAUCGGUCAAUAGAACUAAUACCAGGUUGAAGUUGUUNNNNGGNACUGCAAAUCCANCACUUGCUCAAGAAAUUGCUUGGUAUAUGGGCUUGGAGCUUGGGAAGAUUAACAUUAAGAGAUUUGCUGAUGGAGAGAUUUAUGUUCAGCUACAAGAGACUGUUAGGGGAUAUGCUUGCCGGAGAGCAUCUGCCAAGAAAGUAACAGCCGUGAUUCUGUAUUUUGGAUAUGCAAGAGCUGACAGGAAGACACAAGGGCGUGAAUCCAUUGCUGCCAAAUUGGUUGCAAAUCUUAUCACGGAAGCUGGUGCAGAUCGAGUUCUUGCAUGUGAUCUUCAUUCAGGACAGUCAAUGGGUUAUUUUGACAUUCCAGUCGACCAUGUGUACUGCCAGCCGGUGAUACUUGAUUAUCUUGCUAGUAAGUCAAUUUCCUCAGAGGAUUUGGUAGUGGUUUCUCCUGAUGUUGGUGGAGUAGCCAGGGCACGCGCUUUUGCAAAGAAAUUAUCAGAUGCGCCACUUGCCAUUGUCGAUAAAAGGCGUCAUGGACACAAUGUUGCUGAGGUUAUGAACCUAAUUGGUGAUGUAAGAAGGAAGGUGGCAGUAAUGGUGGAUGACAUGAUUGAUACUGCUGGAACCAUUGUAAAAGGAGCAGCUUUGUUACACCAGGAGGGUGCUCGGGAGGUCUAUGCGUGCUGCACGCAUGCUGUUUUCAGCCCGCCUGCGAUAGAACGAUUAUCGGGUGGUUUGCUUCAAGAAGUGAUAGUGACAAACACAUUACCAAUAGCUGAGAAGAAUUACUUUCCGCAGUUAACAAUCUUAUCGGUGGCUAAUCUUCUGGGUGAGACCAUUUGGCGUGUCCAUGAUGAUAGUUCCGUCAGUAGCAUUUUCCUUUGA